CUCAAUCAUUCUCACACACACACGCCACACUCCUCUCAAUCUUUUUCCCAUUUCCGUUCUGUAGAAAAACCCUAACCAUGCUUCUCAAAACCGCCGUAACCGCUUCUUCAUCUCCCUCAAUUUCUCUCUUCAAUUCUGAAAACUCGCUUUUGGUUCCGUUUCUUCACCGAGGAAGUAAACCGGACCGAUUAGCGGUUUGUGCUACGAAAGGCUCUAGCAAUAACCGUGUUUUAACCGGUGUGUUGUUUGAGCCUUUUGUAGAGGUUAAAAAGGAACUUGAUCUUGUUCCUGUUUCUCCACAAGAGUCUCUUGCUCGCCAUAAAUUUCAUGGAGACUCUGAAGCUGCUAUUAACGAGCAAAUCAACGUGGAAUAUAAUGUUUCGUAUGUUUACCAUACUAUGUAUGCGUAUUUUGAUAGAGAUAAUGUUGCGCUGAAAGGUCUUGCUAAGUUUUUUAAAGAAUCAAGUGAAGAGGAAAGAGGGCAUGCUGAGAAGUUGAUGGAAUAUCAGAACAAAAGGGGUGGAAAAGUGAAGUUGCAAUCUAUAGUGACACCGCUAUCUGAGUUUGAUCAUGCUGACAAGGGUGAUGCCCUGUAUGCAAUGGAACUUGCACUGUCAUUGGAGAAGCUAACAAAUGAAAAACUCCUUAACUUGCACAGUGUUGCCUCAAAGAAUGGUGAUGUGCACUUGGCUGACUUUGUGGAAAGUGAGUUUUUGGGUGAACAGGUGGAAGCCAUCAAAAAAAUAUCCGAGUAUGUUGCUCAGCUCAGAAGAGUCGGCAAAGGACAUGGUGUCUGGCACUUUGAUCAGGUUCUCGCUUAGUGAGAGGAAUUGAUGAUUACAUUUUCCUCCUAUUUUAGUCAUCUGUAUAUGUUCAUAUUCAAGUCUUUUUGCUAGAACUAGAAGAUGGAACUGAACUAUUAGAACUAGAAGUUGGAACUGAACUAUGUCUGAAUAAAAUGAAUGUGGAUUGCUUUUUA